GGUGUCACUGCAUAAUCUUUUAAUGGAAGCUGUAACUAACAAUUUGUUUAGGGUGGGGGAGAUUCCUUCCUUUGGUGGAAUAUGGCAUGUGUGUGUGAGACGCAUGCUCCCUCAGAGGUGGUUGGCAGAUCCUGACGUUCUGCCCUGUCCUUUAUAGCUACAUACAAUUUGCAUUAAUUCCUGGGCGGGGGGAAACCCAACUAUGAGUAAAAUGGGGAACGGCAUUUGCAAACCGGCGGUGCCGAACGUUUCAUGGACAUUCCAGUUCAUUGAAGAGGUCUUGCUAACAUGCGCUGUGGACCUUACUCUGGUUCAACUGUUUACCUGCUGUGGGGUUUGAGAGACCCGCAACAAAAUGUUGCAGUGUGGAGUGCUUAGAGGUGGGUGUGUGCGCGCGAAAACUUUUAAAAACAUAAUAAAUAUGUUUUAAGUAUCAAGUGACAUAAGAAAUAAAAGAAAGGGGGAAAACAAGAAGCAAUAAAUAUCCCAUGUGGCUAAAUCAACAUAAAUACACCACCACCUUACAUUUUCAGGUGUCAAAUACAAAACAGUCUCUAAAUAAUAGCUUUCAAAUAUCUGAUGGGAAAAGUCCAGCUUUCAGCUUUCCAGCCAGCCAGGCCCUUUCCAGGAAACUCCAUUCCAUCCGCCCUCCUUUCCAGUUUCGCUCCGUGCCUACUGCGCAUGCUCAGUCUUUGGUUUUGAUUCCCACCCUGCCCUUUCUUACAUAAGUUUUUGGGUGUUGAUGCUGCUGUCUUGGCUAAGUAAGGACUGGCACUCCGAUAACUGAGAUUGGCAUUGGUAUAUGGGCUGGAUUUGCUGCAUCCAGUGAAGGAAGUCCACCUGAACCCUGUUUCCUGUCUCUGGUAGUGGACAGCCAGAUCCUUCUGGAAAGCCUGCAGUCAGGCAACAGAAUGGUCCUCCACUGUUUUCCACCUCCAGCAUCUCGUAUGCAACAGUAAAGUGCCUCUGAAUAUGAAUUUUGUUGCCUUGCCUAUUAGUGGUUGUUGGUAGAUCCAACCCACCCCCAAAUAAUGGUCUGAUCCUUUUCAAAAGGCUAUUCUACUACAGUACAGAGUGUCAUCCUCCUCCUCUAAUCAUCCCUUGGCUAUGGUGCCUUGGGGCUAAUGGGCGUUCAGCGACACCUAAAGCCACAGGUUUCCCAUCCCUGAAUUAAAACAUGCUUCACCACAGAGUUAUGGCCCACUCUGAGACAAAAUUUCUCUCUCUCUUCAUCUUCCAAAGCUGAGGUCUGGGGCAGCCACUUCACCACCCUGAUGCCCUCCUGAUUAUUUCGGACCACAACUGCCACAACCACUAGGGAUGGCUACCUCUGAAGUGUAGUUCGGGGCUGCGUUGGCAAAAGCCUCCCUCCUCCAGAUCUACAAAUAGCUCUCCUCAGGGAAACUGGAUCAAAGCCGAAAGGGGGGCCUUUUCUUCUGAGUUCACGGAAACCUCGAUGAAUCCACAUCAGGUUUUUUUUUAUAUAUAUAUCAAAAAAAUAAAAAUAAAAGUGUGGUUUGACCUUUUAAAAACGCCUUUUCCAUACUGAUCUGCUGAGUCGCAGGUUCUGUGAUUCACCGAAAAAGUGCGAAUUCCCAGUGGCUCCCAGCCGGCUGGCUUGCGAAGGCCUGGUUUUGAUUUGGGUUAUUUAUGCUCGCAGACGGAGGUGGGAGUGGAAAGAGGGCAGCCUUUCUCAAGGUCUUAAAAAAAAAAGUUUCAGAGCAAGCGGAGAGGAAGGGGGAGAGUUGAAGGAGGGAUAAUAACAUUGCAGUGUGGGCUCAAGGGCAGUGGAACUGCGAAGAGGACUAAGUCAGUUCACCUGUCCAUCUAGCUCAAUAUUGUCUGCAAUGACUGGCAGCAGCUAUCCAACGAGGCGUCUUUUCCAGUCUGCCUGGGAUCAAACACAGGACCUUCUGCGUGCAAAGCAGGUGCUCUGCCACUGAACUACGGCCCUUCCCCUAAAAUAAGUUUUCAGUCCUCAUUAUUCUGAAUUACGAGGGCUGAUUUAAACAGGAACACAGGAAGCUGCCUGGUCCAUCGAGCCCAGUGACUGGCAGCACCUCUGCAGGAUUGCAGGCAGUGUUCGCAUAUCAAGAGACUCUAUGGAAUUGCCAGUGCUCAGAGGAGGCUACCUGUUGCAUCUCUGUAAGAGUUGCUGCUCUGCUGAUCUGUCUUUACUUUUGCUCCAUCUUUGCACUGGAUGUGAUUACCUAAUUCAAGUGAUACAGGGAAGCCACAGAAAGAGAGACUCAAGAGAUGUUGCCUAUUGCAUCUCUGCCGGAGUCAUUGCCUCUUUCCAGUCAACCUCUCUUUAAAGGGAAAGGUAAAGGGACCCCUGACCAUUAGGUCCAGUCGUGGCCGACUCUGGGGUUGCGGUGCUCAUCUCGCUUUAUUGGCCGAGGGAGCCGGCGUACAGCUUCCGGGUCAUGUGGCCAGCAUGACUAAGCCGCUUCUGGCGAACCAGAGCAGCGCACGGAAACGCUGUUCACCUUCCUGCCAGAGUGGUACCUAUUUAUCUACUUGCACUUUGACGUGCUUUUGAACUGCUAGGUUGGCAGGAGCAGGGACCGAGCAACGGGAGCUCACCCCGUCGUGGGGAUUCGAACUGCCGACCUUCUGAUCGGCAAGUCCUAGGCUCUGUGAUUUAACCCACACAAAUCGGCCAUAUCUCAGCAUCCAGGUGUGCUGCAUUCGUCCAGAUGGAACUUUCUGGGGAGGCUGUCUCUGCUGCGCGAUUCCCAUCAGGAAGCCCCUCAAAAUCACUGCUCCCCUCCAGGAGCUACAAUUCUCAAGACUGUGGUUUACAUUUAAAGGCAACCCUACCCGCAGUCGUGCCAGACAUUUAAAGGGGUAUCAAGCCACUUUCAGCAGUCACGGCUUCCCCCCAAAGUAUCCUGGGAGUUGUAGUUUGUGAAGGGUGCUGGGAGCAAUUGCUCAGCACCUGAGUUACAGUUCUCCGAGUGGUUUGACAGUCAACUCCUCCUCGCAGGGAAGUUUGUGAAUCGCUCCUCCGGGAGGAGCAGGGAUCUCCUACCAAUUCUCAGCGCCCUUUGCAAACUUAGUUCCCAGGAUUCUUUGGAGACGUCAAGGCUCUUGCAAGCGCCGUAGGACUGCAAUAAAUGGACGGUGCGCACGGAAGUGGAAGAUCCGGCUAGCCAGAUAGCAGGCCCCUUCAAGCAGCAUAAGUUUGGUGGAGCCCCGGGCGAGGGAGCCGCGGCCCUUUCCCCUCGGAUCGUGUCGCCAGGCUGCUCCCCUCUCGGCAGCCCCGGGGAGGCGGGUCUCUCUCCGGCCUCCGCCCCUCGCCCGAGGCGGCCGCCUGCGCGUCCCUCUCGCCAGUGCGCUCCGGGCGCGCGGAGGAAGAAGGAGGCGCGAUGGUGGGGCGGCUCAGCCUGCCGGACGUCCCGGAGCUGCCGGACUCGAAGCGCCGGGCCGAGCGGGGCCUCGACAGCCCCGACUCCGGGCUGCCCCCCAGCCCCAGCCCCGGCAGCUGGCUGCUCUCGGGCGGCGGAUCGGAGCGGGGAGGAGUCGCCAAUGCGCUGCCGGAGACCGAGAGACCGGAGACCAAGCCGCUUCCCAAGGUGAGUGCAGGAAAGCAGGCGCCUGCGUCUGUCCCGGCGUGGGACCGGAGUGAAUCCGGGUUAACGGGGUAUGCGUGCACGGCGAUGCAGGUCCAAACGCUAGCAAGGGAGCGUCGAGCGGGGGAUGCAAUCCGAAUUAGCGGCGCGGCUCAAGCGGGAUUAGGGGAGGCUGUGGACGAGUGCGCAAAGCGGAGUGUGGAAUUGGAGAGCUAAUCCGGAGUAUGCGAGUCCAUGUAGUGCGGGCUCAAGGCGCUCUUGACGGUGCAAUCCCGAACAUGUUUUAUCUGACGCUAAGGUUCAGGGGGAUGGACUGUCUAAACUACUCAAGCGAGUUUUUUUAAAUACUGUAUAUAUAUACUAUUGCAGUGUGAACUGGAUCAUACUCGGUGCAACAUAAAAUCCAGCGCGCUCGCAUUUUGUUUUGCAACGCAAAUAAAACGCAAAGCAGCCUCUGCAGAUCCGGGCGAGGUCAGUUUGAGAUGCCAAACUAGCAACAAAUUCCUUGCCCUCCUUCUGCCUCCCUUGACGUGGUGCUUUCUGAGACCCUUCGGGGACUAGGCAGGUGCAUUUGUAACCCCCACUUCCUGCCUAGCUGUGGCUCCAGUUUCCCUAACUGGUGCAAACUGGAGAACCCCUCUUCCCCCAUUGUAGUAUUUUCCUUCUGGAGACGACCUGUUCCAGCUCCCCGAGGGAGCAAUCGAGGGUUUUCACUUGGGGGACUUCAUCAUCUGGAGAUCCUUCGCAUCAUGGUAGUAGAGUUAGGCCAUCAUGAUCACUGUGCCCAUUUUGCAGACUGGAUGCCGCAGGCAGUGUGGUGACUCGUGUUGGGAUUGUCCAAAUCUCAAGGGUGCCAUCCUGUGCCCAACCUGCUGCACUAGAAUUUAGUGGAAUCGGCUUGCCAUGAUGAGAGGGGCGUAUGCAACAACCCCGCUAAAUGUUUUCAGUCAGAUGCCACUGCAUAUCGCAAGCUAGUGUGUUGAUGAUUUCUUGUGCCUCUCAAGAGUCUCCGAGUGCAUGGUGGGCGGGAAUAGUAGGGGGUUAUGAGCAGGGGUGGGGGGCUGCUAGGAUCCCCAAGGGCUCUGUGGGUGGGCUAUUACUGUAUGUUGUACAUAUGAAUUUCCCAAAUUCACUUGUGGGAUUAUGGGGCCCCGGCAAUUGUCAUGGGACCUCCUAACGUUUCGUUUCUUUAUUAUUAUUAUUAUGACAUUUAUAUGAAGAGCUCAGGGUGGCAUACAUGACCCAUAAGACUGGACAUAUAUUUAUAUGAAUUCCCUGAAUCUUUGUUUCAUUUGCUGAUGUUUUUAUGCUGCUCAAGUUUGUAUUUUUCCUUUUUUAGCUGGGUUCACUUUUCAUAUUGCACAUAGUUUGGAGGUUUUUGAACUAUUCGGCUGUUUGGAAAGGCUUUGAAAUAAAUACAUGGUUCUCCCCACCCUCCCUGUUUUUAACCUCCUAACAACAACCCUGUGAGGUCGGUCUGGCUGAGAUGACCCCUGGUGAGCUUCCUCGCUGAUUCCAGGAUUUGAACCCUGGUCCAACCAGUAUACCAAACAGGCUUCCAAAAAGGAUUCUCUCCCCCACCCACCCCCUGUACAAUGUGAUUCCCACCUCCAGCACGGUGACAGACCAUUUGUGUCCUGUUAAUAAUUUCUCUUCCAGGCAGCUGCUACGGAAUGUAAACCAACAUUUGGUGCGCAGCUGCUGUGUCCCCCCAACAUGCUGCAACAGGAUUCGGAGACAGGUGGGAUCAGGAGAGGGAGAGCGUUAUCUGGGGUCUGUGGCUUUCUCCGCUGAAUAUUACUGCCCCACAUACAGAUAGUUGUGGGGAGGUGGAGGCAGUUACCCCAGCUCAGCCACGGAGUUGUCAGUAUAAAUGUACCUUGUCCACUUCCUCUUCUGCUCCCUUUUGCCUAUGAGAUUGCCUUGCCACAUAUACUCAACCGCUUUGAUUGGUGGAACUGGUGCUCUUACAGGUGCCACAUAAUACCUGUUCCACAUCUGUUAAGACCUCCGUCUUUUAUUGUCUUUGGAACUCCCUGCCUGUUGAUGCCAGCCCAGGCGCCUUCACUGUACUCUUUUCGGCUCCUGUCAAAAUCACUUUUGUUUAGACAAGCCUGCCCAGAUGCUCAGAAAGUUGGUGAGUGUUAUAAUCUGUUUUUAGACUCUAGUUCAUGGGUAGGCAAACUAAGGCCCGGGGCCCGGAUCCAGCCCAAUCGCCUUCUAAAUCCGGCCUGUGGACGGUCUGGGAAUCAGCAUGUUUUUACAUGAGUAGAAUGUGUCCUUUUAUUUAAAAUGCAUCUCUGGGUUAUUUGUGGGGCCUGCCUGGUGUUUUUACAUGAGCAGAAUACCGGUAUGUGCUUUUAUUUAAAAGGCAUCUCUGGGUUAUUUGUAGGGCAUAGGAAUUCAUUCAUUUCCCCUCCCAAAAUAUAGUCUGGCCCCCCACAAGGUCUGAGGGACAGUGGACCGGCUUCCUCCUGAAAAAGUUUGCUGACCCCUGCAGUUUAAAUCUUUUGAGAGUUUUAAACUAUUAUUGUUAAUUUUUUCCUAUUGAUUUGUUGUUUUAUUUUAAUUUUUGUAUCUUUUUGAGGUUUCUUUGUAAAAACAAGCAGCGUGCAAAUUUUAUGAAGCUAAUAAUUUUGUCACUUUGGGCUAGCUAGCAUACACAAAAGAUAACAGGUUUUUAAACGAUAGACUGGCUGCGGUAGUUUGAAGCCCAUACAGCCUCUUGGUUCUGACUUUGCAACCACUAGGGUGGAUUGGAAUCCCCUGCACCCGUUAAGACUGCAUGUGAUGAAGGCACUUAGGUGUAGUGAUUAGAGUGUCAUACUAGGACCAGGGUUCAAAUCCUCGCAUAGCUAUGAAGCUCACUGGGCAACCUUGAGCCAGUUACUGCCUCUUAGCCUAACCUACCUCACGGGGUUGUUGUGAUGAUUACACGAGGAGGGGGAGAACCAUAUUUGCCGCCUUGAGCUCCUUGGAGGAAAAAAAAUGGGAUGUAAAUGCAAUAAAGAAAUAAAUGUUGAAAAUGUAGGGGAACUGGGUAGUGGUUAGAGGGUGUGAAGGGAGUAGCUAAAUAAUAUUUUAGCCUGGCUACGAAUGACACCCCCCUUCCCCAAUUUGCAGGAAUUAAUUCCCUGAAGUGUAUCUCCUCCCCUUUAUUUGCAGACUUCUCUGGAGACAAAAUACAAGCAAAGAAUAAAAUUGGUUUUUUUUGCUUUCUUAUGUUGGAGGGAGGAAAGGAGGAGGAAUUUUGGUUUGAUUCUCCUGAAAUGUAGGUACUAGGAAACAGCUGUGACUCUUUGGUGUGGCUUCUUUGAAGCAAGAACUCAGAGCCUGACCCCAAGUUGAAAUGGAAGUCAACGAGGGGAUGUUGAGUGGGGCAACCCGGCCAGAUGGGCAGGGUAUAAAUAAAAUAAAAUUAUUUUAUUUAUUUAUUUAUUUGUACCCCCCAAGUCGGGGACAGGGCACUGGGGUGGAUGAGUGGGUGUUCAUCCACUAGCCACUGAAUUUACACUAAGUAUCUUGGUUACUUGGGGCAUUUCAAGCCUGUUUUUUUGGGUUGGGUUUGAUUGUGUAUCGGCAAACUCAGGUUUUGCUGUUAUAGUUGGUUAGGAGAUCUUGCGCAACAAGCUUGCUUCCCCAAACAGGCUCCUUUUUUUUGCGAUGGGCAAAUGCACUUUGGAAAGUGUGGGGGUAAGGCUCGCAUCUAACCUCUGUCCAAAGGAAUCAGAGCGGAAUGGGCCUUAAGCAGAGCAGGCGACAGAUCAGGAUUGGAGGCUUGUUAAAUAACCCACGUUAUCUAAUCUCCCUGGGAAAGAAAGAGAUGAAUGUUCCAGAAAUGGGUUGUCUGGAAGCCUUGUAGGGCGGCACGUUUUUUUCAUGGCUUGGUUUUAGACAGAGGUGUUGGAAGAGAAGGAACUGUUUUUCCAAGAGGUGUAGCUGCCGGGGCUGAAAUGGUUUCAGCGCUGUUUAAGGACUGGAUCGAGUUAAGGGCCAGGAGAGGUGUGAGAAAUGUGUUCCACCUCUUCCGCCUUGCCAGGACAGUAGCAGCGCCUGCAGCGUCUGCGUGGGAAUUGUCUCUGUCCAAAACGCUAAGGACUUGAGUUCAUAACUUGCAGUGCUGGGCGGUUUUCUUUCCUUUUCUUUUUGCUUCUUUGUUUUUGGCUGAGCUGAUGUUGCUCAACCUCACUUUUCCAUCUUUAAAAGAGGAAAAGAAGAGGAGGAGGAAUUAUUGUGGCCAAAUAUGCAGGCUGAACUUUUUAUAGGACUGCAAAGAACACUGUAGGCUGAGGCUGUUAAAAAGAAAAAGGAAAAAAGUAAGAGCUGCUGAAAUCGGAAUGUGUUGGAUCUUUUUAAGGGAAAAAACAAAACCUUGAAAAUGUAAAAGUGUGACCUGUGUCAGAUUUGUGUUCGCUGAUACAGUAUGUGUGAUGACAAGAUUCUUUAACCAGGAAGGGCUGUAGCUCAGGAAGGAAGUAUAUGCUGGCAUGGAGACGGCUCCGGGUUCAAUCCACAAUGGCAUCUCCAGGUGGGGCUGGCAGAGACUCCCUCCUGGAACUCAGGAGGUCUGCUGCUGCCAGUCAGUGUAGACAAGACUGAGCUAGUCUGACUUGGUAGAAGGCAGCUUCCUUUCCUGUGCUCCUAACAGCGGCAUUGCUACUGUGAAUCGCCGUCCAGGGCAAGGAAGGUUUUCCAGGACAGGGGCCAUGCUCCUUUUGGGGCCACAUGCCAGUGGUGGGCGGGGCCAGGGGCAAAAGUGGGUGGAGCAACAAAUGCAAAUUUUCAGUCCGUUUUUCUUUUUUUUAAAACACUUCCUGACAUGACCUCUAUCUAUCCUCCACCUUCACAAGCCAGAGACAUUGCCAGAGUGCAAGGACACAUUUCCAGCCAUGCAAAAACGCACAAGGAGGGCUCAGGUGAGGGGUGUGGCUUUCAGAGAGGGGGUGUGGCCUAGAGAGGGUCUCACGUUUGGGCCCUGGAAAUGAGGUUCUGUGCUCUGGCUUUGUAAGAUUGGCAUAUAUUUUUGGAUAUAAAAUAUCCACGCCUUCUGUUGUCUUUCAUGCCUUCUGCCGUUUGAUAGUGUCACUGUUCAGUGUUUUGCCUGCCAACUUCCCAUGCCUUUCAUUUUGCAGGAGACCUCGUCUUCUCCCAGCCCGUUGCUCCCUGGCUGCUCCUCUCGCUUAUGCCCUCUGUCCUUUGGGGAAGGAGUGGCGUUUGAUCCGUUGCCGCCCAAGGAUAUAAGGUACGCUGAAAGUUGUAAAAGGAGGAUAGCAAAGAUGACCAGCAGGAUUUGUCAAAGCCCAUCGCUGGGUGGAGAAGCGAGAUGGCCUUGUGUGGACCUGCAGAGUCAAGUGCAUUCCUGGGCAUUGGAGACUGGGGGCAGCCUGCCGCAUUUCACAAAGAGGAAAAUAGCGCUUUGCGUAUUGGAGCACAAUUCCCUGAGGCUUGGGCUCAAAGAGCUGUUUUAGGCACAAACAGAGGCCUGCUUUCUGUUAUCGGCUGACCCACAUGCAGUAUCGCAGACUGAUUUUGGAAGCCCCCUCAAAAGUGGUUUGUCAGGCAGGCUUCUGCUCGGAUAAACUAUUAUUUAUUAGAUUUAUAUCCGUCAUCGUAAGAUCUCAGGGCAGUCCACAGAGUUUAGGCAUUACCAAACAAUUCUGCCAGGCUUAUGCAAGCAAUUAAGAGUUCACAAUGGUUUGUUGAUACUUGUUUUUCAUUUUUUUACUGUUAAAUUGCUUUAAAAUGCUUUUCUUGUAUGUUUUUGAUCUUUUUAAUGUUGUAAACUGCUUUGCUAUGUUUUUAAGCAGCAUAUAAUUUAAAAAUAAACCUAUAAAAUCUGCAGCCUUUUUAGCUAAAGUGUUCUGGCAAGUGUAACGAUGCUAACUGUUCUGUCCUGUCUGUUUUCUCCCUCUGCUCCGCCCCGCGUCAAUAGGUACACCUCUUCGGUGAAAUACGACUCUGAGAAGCACUUCAUCAACAAUAUUUCUAUGCCGAUGGGGCUGGGAUUGUCCUCUUGCAGCCAGACGGUCAUCUGCGUCCCCGACAACACUUGGCGCAGCUACAAAGCGGAGGUGCACCUCGAACCGCGCCCCCGGCCCAGGAGUUUCUCGAGCACCACAAUCGUCUACCCCAAGCACACCAAGACUGUGUACACCACCACACUGGAUUACAACUGCCGAAAGUUCAUGCGGAAGUUCCUGUCCAGCGUGGAGCUGGAAUCGACUGGGAGUGAUAACAACCCUGAUGGUUGCUGACUACAAUUUCUCUCUCUGUCUCUUUCCCUCCCUCUCUCUCUGCUGUUGCAACAUGAUGGGUUUCCGUCGCAUCGUAAGCUCUCCACCCGAUGGAAAUGGAUGAAACCCUGAAUUAGCUUUGCCUCCCGAACGAAUUUCCUCUUGUAGCUACCUCUCCUCCACGGCACGUCUUCAGCCUUAAGGAUCCUGUGGGCCUGCACUUAAUUUAUGUCUACAGGAACGCAAAAACAAUUUUCUCCGAGGUCACUUUUUCUCCUUUCUUUUGCUGUCUUUUCCUUGUGUGGGGUGAAAAUGAGCGGACCUUUCUGUUCCAAGAAGUAACUUGUUCGUGGAGAAGAGAAGGAGCUUAGGACAAAGGCUUUCAAGCGAAAACAAUUCCUGAACUGGCAAUUGGAAACCAUCCUAGUUGCUCCUGUGUCAAGUAACUUUAUAUAUAAAAAAGAACUCUUUCCCACCUAAAAACCAUAACUUAUUUUCGAUAGUCUCAUUUAUUACGUUAAUGUAUUAAAACAGAUUUUUUGCCAGGGAGGGCUGGCUGGUGGUCAAAUCACAGUUAUAGAUUGUCACUCUAUAAACCUUACCGAUCACACUCUUUAUGUGUUAUGCCUGCGUCUUUUAAGGAAGCCCCAAAAUCAGGCCAGUUGUGGUUUGGCAUAAAAACACAAUAAUUACUAGGUUAUCGGUUUCCCAGAUAUGCAUUAUAUAGCAUGUUUUAUUUAAUUCAUUGCGGACUUGUCCAACAGUUCACUUUGGUUAAAUUUGGUUGAAGUUGCUCCUGCAGGGCUUGUAGCGAGUAUAAAGCUAAUAUUUACCUUGGGAUCAUCAUCAUUUAACGCAUCGUUGCUUUAAAAGAUGCAACAUUUUGCAAAUGCCACAAUUCACGAGUGCUUUGGAAAGCUGAGGAUAAUGGUGGCACAACCUUAGGCAAUCUCUUUUGGAUAAUGACUUUCAGAUUUCUAUGAUGAAAGUAGUAAUUCUGUGGCCCAGCAGCAUGCUAAGCUACUGUUAAUGGGAGAUUCAGAGCCACUUCCUUUGUCCUGGCUGCCUAAAAUGUGUGUGUUGUGAACAGAUCAUUUGAGUAAUUCUUCACAGGCACAAAAGGAAGAUCUGACUUGACCCCUCUGUGUACUGGGGCAGAUACUUUGGUCCAUCUAGCUUAGAAUAAUUGACACUGACCAGCAGGAAGUCUCCAGGGUUUCAGGAGGGAGUCACCCUAUCUGCAGAUGCCAGGGAUUGAACCUGGGAUCUUCUGCAUGCAGUGCAGAUAUUCUAUUACUACGCCACAACACUUGCCCCAAGGGUCUUAGGAAGAUUUGCAGUAGUGUGUCAAAACAGUUUUGGUAAAUUUGGACAACUGUUUCACUACAAAGGCAGAGUGAGAAUUCUGGAUACAUACACCCCUAGAAAUCGGUCCUAAAUAUUGAGCAGCAUAGAGGCAUCUGAGAAUUUUAUUCUGUCUCCAUAGCAGUGCCUCCGUUUGUGGUCGGAGACUUCCUGGUUGUGAGGGGUAGAUUAAACCUCCUGCAAUAAUCGGGACUAGAGGUGUGACCCAGUUGGCCAGCUCUGAUUCAGAGGUCAGCUUUCUCCAGGGGAAAGCGGCAGGCCAGGGCAGUCUGGAUGAGCCCUAUGUUGUGUCGAGAGCUUCCCCUUCCCCACCAACUUUUUCUUUGAAAGCCUUGUUCUGUUUUUAGUCUGAAAAACAAUUUACAUUGCCUGUUGUAACAGCCAUUCCCUGUCAACAAAUCUCAGUAAAUUUCAGGAAGGCUGUGAGAUGGCUGGGGUUUUGUGUUUGUGUUUUGCCAGUGGUUCCCUCUACAAAAAUAAACAGCUGAGAAUCUUGAGGCACCUGAAAGGCUGAUGGGUUUAUAAUGGCACUGCCAAACAGCGCAAACAAGAUUUCACUUUCUUUCCGCCAACAGUUCCCCGGCAGGGUCUCUUGUUGAAGUUUUAUUGUUAUGCUUUUGCAAGCACUUUGACCAAAGGAAACAUUCCCUUUUAUAAAAAAAAUGUAUCCCCCCCCCUAAAUGUUGCUGAAAUAUAGAGCAGAUGAAGCAUGGGAGAAGUUCCUUAGACUGGUUGGAACAGAAGUUGUUUUGUGGGGGGGUGUAAGUCUGUUUCACUCAUAAGAAGUUAUGAUCUCUACACCUUAAAGGUGUGCAGGAGAGAUUCAGUUUGGGCAAGAACAAGUUUAGUUUUUGUCAGGAAUCCAGAAUGGAGCAGAAAGUCCAGUCAGUUGAGUUUGUUCUUGCAAGUGUGAUUAAUGGUAAGUGUAAGGUAUUUUGUGGUGUUCCAUGUGUGAAGGCAGGGUUGCUUCAUGGUAAGAAGGGGAAAUUGUUUUUGAGUUAUUAAUUUGAUUAUAAUUGAUGGUUCCUUUGCUGUGAAGGGAACUAGAAUCUAGGGAAUCUUUUGCAAAUGUUGCACACUUUUAAAGAAAACUUUGGGGAUGCUACUGCCCCCCUCCUCCACCCCACCAUGCCAUGGCCAAACCAAAGCUAAGUUUUCAAAAGCCAGGAACUCUGUAUGCAAACAAAAUGCUGUAAUCUCUGGUGCAGGAUGCAAACAACAUGCUAUCAUUUCCGGUGCAGGGUGCAAACAAAUUACUCUGUUACUGCAUAGUCAUAGAGAAACACUGAAUUUGUUGUUUUUUUGUUGAGUUCUGCAGAAGGAGCAAUAACAUUAUUUGAAGUAGCAGAAAAACCUUUAUGAAAGGAGCAAGGUGUAGGAGUCAUUCCUCACUUAAUUUUGCAUUGCUGUUGCAAAAGCAGCUGAAUGUACGGUAUAUAAAAAAAGGACAUGUAAUUUUCCUACUGGGUAGGGUUACCAAGUAGCGUUUAAGGGGGAAACGACUGAGGACUUAGACAUUCCUUGAGGAGUGACUGUUUUGUUAGUAAUGACCAAGUACUCAUUGUCAUUGCUGCAUACCUAGCAGUGUGAAGAAGUGAUCUAAGAACUUGUAGGGAAAGAAAAAGGAAAAAUAUAUGAAAAUAACAACAAGAGAUGUGGAAAAAUAAUAAGAAAGGACUGGAUAGUACUGUGAACAUCAUAAGGUUAGAUUUGUGGACAUUAAAACAGCAGUAAGAAGCAAGAAGUUGAUUGGAUCCCUUCGGAACUUGAAAUAUGGGUACCCCCCAAAAAAUUUAAAAUUCGGCUGUGUAAUUUGGAAUUUAUGUAAUUUGGUUUGAUUUGAUGUGAUUGGUCGGUUGAUAAAAAAUUAUUCUUAAAAAAAAAACUUGUAGGGCUGCCUAUGGGAAGAUGUCCUCUUAACUUUUGAAUCUGUGAGCUCUCUGGGAAUACUAGCAAGUUGUUUUUGUUUUAAAAACACAUGCACACAAGUUUCUAGUUCUUGUGGUAAAAUGAACAUGGAAAGAUGGGCAGGUCUCUUUGCUGAAUUCUUUGCAUAGAUGGCAGCUGACGGAGUAACAAGUGCAAAUUUACCCCUAGAGCCUUUCUGCGUACUAGCCCCAAAUCGUCUAGCAGUGAUAUUUUAACUGGGCAAACAGAAUUUGGGGAGAGGCAUCCCACAUGGGAUGAGAGAUGGGAUUUGAAAAAGGAUGGGCUAUCGAGUCCCUAGUGCUGCAAAUGCACGUGGUUCAAAAAUACUGAAAAAAGAGAGCCCAGCAUUGGCAGCGCAUUAUUGUGGAUUUUUUUGAAUGGGCUACAAGAAUGUGUGGUAUUGCAAAUAAGGUUUCUCUUUUUUAAAAUAAUAAAAAAGGUACAAAAAUGUUUUGGGAAUAGGAAAAGCAUCCAGUGUGGACCCAAUAGGGAGAUGAGAUGUUUGCAACUCUUUGCUCACAAGUCACUUAUUCACAUUGUCAUUCCCUCAGUUAAGCAUCCUCCAUAGCAGCCCUAAAAACCAGCUCUGUGGAGCUGAUUUAUGUGCAAAAUGUCUCAGAUUCAAUCCCUGGCAUCUCCAUGAAAGACUGGCAAGGAUUCUUGUAAUAAUAAUAAUAAUAAUAAUAAUACC